UGGAGGAAGUCGGGCGGACGCGAUCAUCGAGCCGAGGUAUCAUGAAAGCUGGACCCGAGAAACAGAGUCGACGUGGCUCACCAAUACAGACGUGGACACUCCAUCAUCCAUCCCCAACAGUAAAGCUACAGAAGCCAAUAUGAAGGAGAAGAGGAUGGUGACCACUGGUACCCAAUGUGGGAAACAGGCCCUCACCUCCAACGGUUCCGGCCAGCAGAGGAGAACCAGGCGCUCUCUGAGUGAUCAGAGCACACGUGACUCCAAAAGAAGAGCAUCGAAGGAGGCCAGCGCCCUGUCAAAAGACGGCCAGCUCGUCGGUGUCAGCAGCAGUGAAGACGCCGACCCUGCAAAAAUCUGCGACGAAAGAUGAAAAAAGAGCUGAGACUCUGUAGGGACGAAGAUGCUAUUUCGUCUGAACCCAGGAGUUGCAGGGAACGUUUACCGGAUACACAGGAGCGGUGACUUAAGACCCCGGACUCGUGUUUCCACCCCAAAGAAUGUCUGGAUGCUGCAUCGUUGUUGCAUGUGUGAGGAGCAGACUGAGUCACAGUGUUCACACUCACCACCAGGCUUUUCUUCCAUGCUCAUGAUACCAGUCAGGGAAUGUGCCACUGUGUUCAAACAAUGCCAAUAUUUCUUUUUUGAGCAGUUUGGUCCAUAUGCACAUGAUAAUCACAAUCUGUAUAACGGUUAUGUUAUGUGUAAGGAUUUGCUUUAGAGUUUAUUUUUUGUUUGUGCUCCUUCGGUUGUUAAUAUGGGAACUGCUGUUUAACCCCAGUAAGUGCUGUGAGUGACUUUUAUUUUGAAGAACCCAAAGUGCUGUUUAGAAGCUAAGUUGGAAUAUUUGAAGCUUGAAGGCUUAAAGACUGUCUUCUCCAGCCUUUGCAAGAUUAAAAAAACAAGCAAACAAAAAGAGAAACACACCCGCACGUGCCUACACAUCCUCUUGAUUUGAAAUCCUUUUUUGUUCACUUAGAGAGAAUUAAUUAAUGCAUUUUCUCCUUAUAAUCUCUCAUAGUUCUUCUAUAUUGUCUGUUUUUGUGUAAUGGUAUUCCUCAUUAGUUGAAACUAUGUAUUGUAUUCGAAUUGCAUUUUUAGGGGGUUUUCUGCACUUAAAAAUAUUACUCUUACAUUGGCUCUUCAUCGUCAACAGGCCUUAACCUCAAAGUCAAAUAUUUGCAGAUCAAAUUAAAUCAGGCGGCAGUAGAUGGCGGUGUUGGUCUGCUGUUUGAAAACUUUGAGAAAAUGAUUUGUAGCUGGGCUUUGUGUUUCACGGGCUAUUUUGUUUCUGAUAAGUCUAAGUUGGAGUCUGAGGAUAACUUUUAUCAAGGAGUUGAAAAGCGAGCCGCAGCACAUUUGUGAUGCACGUCACAUUUUUACAAUUCAGUAUGUUCUUUUGUUCACUUCUGUGCAUUAAAGUUUUUUGAAACUCAAA